CCCAGGGAAAAAAUGCCCUGAAGCUUGUAUCUCACUGAUAGUUGUUAUAGUUUUGAUGUGACUGUACAUGAUAACCAUCUUGGUUUGUUGGCUUCUUUGAAUUACAGGUCAAACUGCCAUGACAUUUGGUGUAAGAAUAUUAGACUAUGUCAUCAAUUUGUGCAAAGGCAAAUUUGACUUCCUUGAACGGCUCUCAGACGAUUUGCUCCUGAAUAUCAUUUCUUAUCUGGAUCUGGAAGAUAUUGCCAGGCUUUCUCAAACAUCACACAGAUUUGCAAAGCUGUGCAUGUCUGAUAAACUGUGGGAACAGAUAGUCCAGUCGACUUGUGACACCAUCACUCCCGACAUGAGGGCCCUGGCAGCGGACGUGGGCUGGAGGAAGGUGUUUUUCACCAACAAGCUCCAGCUCCAGCGGCAGCUCCGCAGGAGGAAACAAAAGCACGGAAGCCUGAGAGACAAGCAACCUUAGAUGCACAUUUUCCCACCAGCAGGGAGCUGAGGCAUGGCUCUGUUUCUCUUCGGUGUCCAAAUCUCUUCUGUCUCCUUUUCUUAAGAACUAAGGUUUUGCUGAUGCAUGGAGCAAUUUAAAAGCAUAGAGGAUUUGCACACAAAUGCAGCAGAACCUGGCUGCCCAGUGCCUUGCUGGAGUCACCGUCCCUGUCCUUCUGGGGUCAGAUCAUGGCCUGAGGACAAGGGCUGCAAGACAUGGAACCCUACAGGCCACCAUCUUCCUUAUCCCAACCCCCACGAGAAAAGAGGCUUCUGUUGUAUGUAAACAAAUAAUAAAUGAUUAUUGGCAGGUUUUUAUUA